AUUAUAUGACUCACAUUAUGGACAUUUUUCACACCGAUCGUAGCUCAAGCCAACUAUAACCCAAAGUCAACCAUCGCAUCGCAUCACAAGUGGUCCUGACUGUGAUCAUGCCUCGUGCGGUUGACUUGGUCUUCGCUGACACGGCAAGACAAGUCAACGCCAGGAUCAUCGUAACCACAUUUAACAGGAUAGAAGGGUAUUCUCGUACCUUCCCACCAUCAUAUCCGUCCAAAAUGCUUUAGGAUUUGCGUACGGAUCUGGUUUCGGCGAUCAGCGCACAUGUACGAUAAAUAUACACUUCAGCCCGUUCUAUGUUUGUAUUUUCAUUUCGAGCACUUCCCGUUUCUUCUAAAUGCACGGCCGAAGCCGCGUUUUCCUGCUCCGCCGUAUCCACUUCAAAGACAGCGACCGCCCUCGCCAACUCUCCUGCCAAACGAGCCCGUCGCCGCUCCCGCCAGAUUCAAACCUCAAACCCCUCUGCCUCCAAGGUCGACUCCACGAGGCGCUGUCGGGAAUGGCUACGCUCGGCACCGAGGUCAGGUUCCACGGGUACGACGCCCUCCUGACCGCGUGCAUCGACCGAAGGGCCUUCCUAGAGGGCCAAUUGGUCCACGCCCACAUGAUCAAGUCCCAGUACCUCCCUUCCGUGUACCUCGCCACCCGGCUGCUCAUCAUGUAUGUGAAGUGCGACUCCUUGAACGACGCUCGCCACAUGCUCGAGGCAAUGCCUGAAAGGAACGUUGUCUCGUGGACCGCCAUGAUCUCAGGAUAUUCUCAGAAGGGUCACCGCGCUGAGGCCUUGGAGCUGUUUGUUAAGAUGAUGGAAGCCGGUCAAUUGCCAGAUGAAUACACUUUCGCUACGGUGCUCACUUCUUGUACUGGUCCUUUUGGGCCUAAACAUGGCAGGCAGAUUCAUUCCCUAGCACUCAAGACCAACUUUGACUCUCAUAUGUUUGUUGGGAGUUCAUUGCUUGACAUGUAUGCAAAGGCCAGCGAAAUCGAUGAUGCUCGGAGAGUCUUUGACAUGUUGCCUGACAGGGAUGUUGUUUCUUGUACUGCCAUUAUUUCUGGAUAUGCCCAGUUGGGUCUUGAUGCGGAAGCCUUGGAAGUGUUCAAAUUACUACAUAAAGAGGGAAUGGAAUGCAACUACGUUACCUUUUCCUGUCUUUUAAAUGCACUCUCUGGACUUGCUGCUUUGGAUUAUGGUCGACAAGUGCAUGGUUUGGUAAUCAGAUGUGAACUUCCAUUUUAUGUUGUCUUGCAAAACUCUCUGAUUGACAUGUAUUCCAAGUGUGGUAGCUUAAUAUAUUCAAGAAAAAUCUUUGACAACAUGCUUGAGAGAUCUGUGAUAAGUUGGAAUGCAAUGCUUGCAGGAUAUGGUAAGCAUGGUUUAGGGAGUGAGGUUGUUCGUCUCUUUAAGUCCAUGGUCCAAGAGGUGAGGCCUGAUGGUGUUUCUUUUUUGGCUGUCCUGUCUGGGUGCAGUCACGGUGGAUUGGUUGAUGAGGGUUUAGAUUUUUUUGACUUUAUGGUUAAUGGUCAAAGGAUGAAACCAGAUAUAGGGCACUAUGGAUGCGUCAUAGAUCUACUCGGACGUGCUGGGAGAAUAGAGAAGGCUUUGGACUUAAUGAAGUGCAUGCCCUUUGAACCAACCACAGCCAUGUGGGGUUCUCUUCUGGGUGCAUGUAGAGUUCAUGCUAAUGUUUCCAUCGGAGAAUUUGUUGCUCAAAAGCUUCUCGAUAUUGAGCCAGAAAAUUCAGGGAACUUUGUGAUACUCUCUAAUAUUUAUGCUGCUGCCGGAAGAUGGCAAGAUGUCGCCAGAGUCAGGGAAUUGAUGAAAGAGAGGACAGUGACAAAAGAACCAGGCAGAAGUUGGAUCAAUCUUGACAAAACCAUGCAUACUUUCUAUUCCAGUGAUCGGUCGCAUCCCCAGAGGGAACAGAUAAAUGCCAAGAUUAUGGAGCUAUAUGAAAGGAUCAAAGAAGCAGGUUAUGUUCCAGACCUUAGCUGUGUAUUGCAUGAUGUGGAUGAUGAGCAGAAGGAAAGCAUCCUGCUUGGACAUAGUGAGAAACUGGCAAUAGCUUUUGGGUUGAUGGGCAGUACCCCUUGCAAGUUGAUUCGUAUUACAAAGAACCUUCGGAUCUGUGUUGAUUGUCACAAUUUUGCCAAGUAUGUGUCAAAGGUAUAUGCAAGAUAUAUAUCUCUGAGGGAUAGCAACCGAUUCCACCUAAUUGUCAGAGGGACUUGUACCUGUAGAGACUACUGGUGAUUAAGCAAUUCUUCUACUUAUCUAUAUCAUUGGAACUAGCAUUGCCGAAUCUUCCUUUUCAGGAUUUAUAUCCUCUAUCGGAUGUUCUGCACGUUGGUUUACUGCUGAAGCCAUACAGAUAAGCAAAUGGAAUUCAUGUGGGCUCUGCCUCCUCGUUAUAAGUUAUCAUUGGCUUUACUGCCUCAUGUAUUCAUUGGGCUUCUGUCAAUUCAUAAUUAUAAGGAUGUGGUGAAGUAAACCAGAAUAUUAUUCUCAAAAGUGUUGAAUCCAUUUCUGUGAUUGAAUACAGAAAAAGAAAGUGGAUCUCCUUAGUUCAACCGGAAUGGGUCAAUUCAAUGAUACAACUUUAUUUUGGCAGGACAUGGAGAAGUAAACCAGAGUAUGGCAGGAUGGCUUUCUCUUUUUGUCUUGUUACUUCACACACAGUUGGUAUUUGGAAGCUGUGGCAAUCCGUGCUACGGUCACAGUAGCAGUUCUUCUCUAUUUCAUUCAGGCUCGGUUCUUCCACCGGAUGUUCUUCCUUUUGGCACAGGUAAUUUUGCUGUUCUUUUAGCUGACAACAGAUCCUAUUAGUUAGCGUGUGGCAGCUGAAGUUGGCAACAAAGCUUAGUAGACCUUAUGUUUAGUAAAGUACACGACGGUUCUUAGAGAUUGGGAAGCUGUGUAUGAUUUGAGGAUCCAAUUGAAGCCAAUAGAAUCACGUCUUCUCCAGCAGGAACUGCAUCAAAUCAGGGACUUGUGGGAAGCAAUGAAAAGCUAAAGCUACUCGUUAUGGACCAUCGACAAGCCAUCACAAAGCACUCGCCCCCUUCCAGGGGAAAAUGAGAGGCAACUACAGCAGCUGCAUAGCGGAGAAAAAACAAGAUACAUGCACACAUCUUGUCCACAUCUCAUUCGACAAUAGUGAGACCAACAAGAGUAACGAAACAUCAGUGAAAUUGCCACCAAGAGACCAUGUAUCUCGCUAACAAUUUCUGAUGAACUAUCUAUUACCUUGUGGAGUAUCAGCAAACCAAAAGAAUGUGUGUGUUCAAUACAAGGGGGCCACAUCUGCCAUUGACAAAUUACUGCACCAUGCAGCAGGAACAUGCACAACAAAGCAGAAAAGCAUUUCAGUAAAACUGCAAUACAGAACGAGUAAACAGAUGGUUCGAUAAUAUCCCGUCUUUCCUGGAAAACCACACUACCUCGUUGUCAAUGGAGGAUGACAAGCAGUGAGUGAUCUGCAUAUUAACAGAACAGGCAGUCUUAACUUGUUAUAAGAUGGAACAAAAGAUUGGGCAUUUCCAUGCACUAUCUGAUUAUUACUAGGAUCGAAAGACUUGUAACAUAAUAACCAUGAAACUAAGUCACAAACCUAACUAAAGCAUAACGUUGUACUCAUCCACCAUGCAAACCAGCACAAAUUAAAGAUUACACACCAGAUCCAACAUGCAAACCUUUUCCAAUCAACAAGAUAGAGGUUCUUGAGAGGCUGCAAGGAUGCCCCAUGCAUCAUUCCUCCAGCCAUAUAUAUAGGAUCAAAGGACACCAACAUCCAGCCAACUGACAGAAAAGGCAUGAUGAUAACGUGGAGAUCAUCGGAACAGAGUUCAUUAACCUUUAACCCAUAUCUCUAGAUCUUAUCAAGCUUUUCGGCCUUAAUGACAGGGUUUGCUUUGGCAAUUGCAUCCUGGGCCGCCUUUCGGUAGUCGAAUUGGCAGUCGUGCUUAUCCGAGUAGCGGUGCACAGCACAGAAAAGGUUCCCACACCGACAACUGAAACCAGUCAGACCAACGCGUUUCCUGCAGGUGCCACACCUGUUUGGACCCUCCUUCGCCUUUGCCUCUCCGGCCUCGUUUGAGGCUAAAGCAUCGGAUGACUGUGCUGAAAUCACUUUCGGCUCCAUGGAGCCAACAGCAACAACAGCAUUACCCGAAACGACGGGCUCUUUUCCACUGCCACUGCCAUUGCCAUUGCCAUUCACGAGGCUGUCGAUCGAGGAUGCCGCCAUCUUGGCCUGUUCCUGCUUGAGAAUCAUGUCCUUGUGGCACUUGGAGCACAAGUUCAUGGUUGCGGCACUUCCGAAGAAUCCACAGUUGUUGAUGCAAAGGAUUGGUCCUUCACGUG